CGCGAGUGGACUCUACAUGACUUCGAUAUGGGCCGCCCACUUGGCAAAGGCAAGUUUGGGCGUGUCUACAUGGUACGAACGAAGAACCCCAACUAUAUACUUGCCCUCAAAACACUCUACAAAUCCGAAAUCGUCCAAUCCAAAGUCGAGAAGCAAAUCCGGCGCGAGAUUGAAAUCCAACAAAACUUGCGACACCCUAACGUUCUCCGUCUGUAUGGCUACUUCCAUGACGAAAAACGCAUCUUUCUCAUGCUCGAAUUCGCUGGGAAGGGUGAGCUGUACAAACAGCUCUCGAAACAUGGAUGUUUUACGGAGAAGCGUUCUUCUCGGUAUAUCUACCAGAUGUCUGACGCCUUGAUUUAUCUGCAUGGAAAGCACGUCAUACACAGGGAUAUCAAGCCGGAAAAUUUGCUCUUGGGGAUCAAUGGGGAGUUAAAGAUUGGUGAUUUUGGAUGGAGCGUGCAUGCGCCUGGGAACCGAAGAAUGACACUCUGCGGAACGUUGGAUUAUCUUCCUCCUGAGAUGGUGGAGGGGAAAGAGCACAACGAGAAAGUUGACUAUUGGGCUUUGGGCGUGCUCACGUAUGAAUUCCUGAUCGGCAACCCCCCGUUUGAGGAUCGGAGUAGUGUCAAUAACACAUACCGCCGAAUAGCCAGAGUCGACCUGAAAUUUCCUUCUAACAUCUCAGCAGAAGCGAGAGAUCUUAUUUCGCGGCUCUUGCAAUACGACCCACAGAGCCGCUUAGCGCUCACUGAAGUCCUUCGCCACCCAUGGAUCGUCAAGCACCGGCCUAGAGGUACAGGGACGGGCGUCACACGCGAUAGCGCGGUCUAG